GUGCCUUUGUCGCUUGCGACCACGGUCCCCCUCUCUUCCGGGUACGAAAUGCCCAUACUGGGCUUGGGCGUAUUCGAGAACGACGACUGCACUCCGGCGUGUCUCGCCGCUCUCCAGUGCGGGUACAGACACAUCGAUUCGGCACGGUACUACAAGAACGAGGACCGCGUGGGCGACGCGCUCCGUCAGAGUCGUAUCCCGCGGGAGCAGGUCUUCGUCACGUCGAAAAUCUACCAUCCCGAGCACGGGUACCAGAACACCCUAGCCGCGCUCGAUGAUUCUCUGCGCAAUCUCGGAUACGAGUAUUUUGAUCUGUACCUCAUCCACAGUCCGCUGUCUGGGAAAGAGGUCCGCCUGGAGACUUGGCGCGCGCUCGUCGACGCGAAGAAGGCGGGGAAGAUCAAGUCGAUCGGCGUGUCAAACUACUCUGGGAAGCACAUCGACGAGAUCCGCGACGCGGGGUACGAGCUCCCGAGCGUGAACCAGGUCGAGCUGCACCCGUUCUGCCAGCAGCGGCCGAUUGUCGAGUACUGCCGGAAGAACGGGGUCGUCGUCCAGGCGUACUCGCCGCUCAUCCAGGGCAGGCUGGAUAACCCAGUCUUCACUGAACUUGCAAAGAAGUACAACAAGGAUGCCGCACGGAUCGUCAUCCGGUGGUCGCUCCAGCACGGACACAUCCCGCUCCCGAAGUCGUCGCGCCCGGAACGCAUCCUGUCCAACUCGCAGGUAUUCGACUUUGAGAUCAGCGCAGAGGAUAUGGAGCGGCUGGACUCGCUGGAUAGAGGGAAGGAUGGGGCGAUCACUUGGAACCCCGUUGAUGCCCCAUGAAGAGAAGAACAUGUCGCUUUCGGAGGCGUUGCUAAUGGAAUAGCACAGCAUGGCAUAUCGCAACUCUACAAGCAGCGACGAAUCCACAUCUGCAUGGAACAUCGGGCCUGGCUUGUCCUCAUGUCGUCUCUACUCACCCUCAGAAGCACCAGC